AGAUGACGCUACCCCAAGACCAAUAGAGACAGAACCAACUUCUACCAGCUCAUUUCAUACGUCAGAAGAUGAGUUAGGCAUUGAUGACCUACUAGCCAAAUAUAGGGCAUCAUCUGCUCAGUAUAAGACCAUGGAUGUGAAAGGGGGCAAGGCUAAACCUCCUGCUAGUAGUCUACUUGACCAACCAGAAAACCUUCGUCCCACACCUGCAGAUGGUGCUGCCACCUCACAGCCAAACAUUGUACCAGUUCCUGGGAUGGUGGAGAUCCCAACAUCAGAUAUUAUCAAAGAUGUGCCUUUACUUGGGGGAAGAAGUAAACUGGCUCGAAUCCAGGCUUUAAAAGAUACAUCUAAAAUGCUUCAACAUCGUUUGAAACAAUUUGAGAAAUCCCCUAUCAUUGCAGGUAAAAAUUAUCCCCAUAAGCGUGAAGAACCACACAGGUGGAACAGGGAGCCUGUUGAAGAUGCUGAUCCUAUCACUCACUUCAGGGGCUCCAGGCUUGAUAUGGACCAGGCUGCUGGGCCUGAUAGUCCCCCAGAGUAUGUCAGCAGACACAAUAGGCUUGUAGGUGACAGAGAUGACUAUACUGUCUUUGAUAGAGACCUACCAGGUGUACAAAACUUGACUGAGGCAGCUUCGAGAAUUAACCGGGAGCGGGUAGAAAAGUCUGCAGCCACCACCAUCCAGGCAGCCUAUAGAGGUCACUCCGUUCGCCAGAAUCUAGCAUGGCGGCAUCAGGAUAAUCGUGCAGACAUUAACAACAGCAAUGAUACAGAGUCUCUCCUUACAGAUGGUAGCUCAGAUUACAGUGGUUAUAAGCCUUUACCCACCAAGAUUGGAAGUGGUUUGGAAUCUGACUUCCAUAGAGCCACAUACCCAAAUACAGGGCAUCAUACCUCUGGUACUAGUCUACCACAUAGUACAGACUACAAGUCACACACCAGGGCAACCAGUGCAAUAGACUAUAGGUCAUCUAGUGUAGACCAUAGACGGGAAGUAGGUCAAACAAGCGCAGACUAUAGACUCACAGAUCCAACAAGCACAGAUUAUAGAGACUACCGACCCACAGGUCCAACAAGCACAGACUAUAGAUCCAAAGGUUCAAGAAACACAGACUAUAGACCAUAUAGCUCAACAGCAGAUAACAGGCUGUCACGGGACUACAGGCCUAGUAGAGAUAGAGAUCUACAGGGGGACUCCGAGGAAGAUGAUGUGAAGUUUGCCUGGGGAGAGGAGAGACAUGAUCCGUAUAAUGUCUUCAACAUUUAUAACAGGAGAUUGAAACAAAGUGAAUUACAAACAGCAUCCACUCAGCCUGCUGCAUCUCCAUCCCUCACGUAUCAAUCUGAUAUCCUCUCAAGGUCACCUCUCCAGCAAAGGUCAGGGUCGCAACCACAAAACUACAGAUCACCAGGAACUGAACCCAAACCACUUGAAAGUCCCACUUAUAAAGACGAAUUUGAGAAGUAUAAAGUUCCUGUUCCUGCCAUUAGCUCUCCUCACCCUGUACGAUCGUCAUCAUUACAUAGUAUCACUGAUGAUUACUCAAAAAUGUCAAGGCCAUCUGAGGCCAGUCAGAGGUCAAGACCAUCUGAAGUUAGUCAGAGGUCAAGGACAACCGAGGUCAGUCAAAGGUCAAAGUUAAUGGAAGGGAUUGAUGGAGAGGCAAGACAGACUUAUUCAGGGCUCCCCAAAGAGGUCUAUUCUACUGGCAUGACGAGUGCAAGUUUGGAGAGAAUGGCAGUUAGCCCUGUGAAAGAGGCUAAGCAUCUGCCCCUAGAUGAUACAUUAGAGGCUUCUUUGUCAUCUACAAUUGACAGUGAAGUUCAUGAGAAGACAUUAUCACCAAGCCCCAGUCCUACCAGUCAUACCCGCUCUUUGGCUCAUACUAAACGUACCCAAUCCAAAGAUGACUCCUUUGAGUCAGAUAUCUCCAGCUUAGCUGAGGACAUUAGCAGACCAAGACGAGAUCCUCUGUCAGUGCAUGCAAGGGCUAACAUGGCUUACUCAGGCCCAGGGAGGAUGUCCCCAAACUCUUUGGAGAGACGUAUGCUGUCUGAGCUGAACUACCUUGAAGGAAUGGAGGAAUCAAUGCGACAGAUCAAUAGUAUGGAGAGGGUCAGAUCAACAGCUGGGGCACAACAGGAGAGUGUCGCCCUAGCACAGGUUUUAAAGUCACGCCAGCAGCAGCAUGAACAAGAUCUAGCCAAGCUGAAAGAGAAGGCACAACAGGAGUCCAUUGAUGCCAUGAGACAACUGGAAGAAUCCAAGAGAAGAUCUGCUGAAGUAUCACAGUCAGCUAGUAAUGCAAUUGCCCAGAUUCGCAAUGAGGCUGCUACAAAGCUCCAGGAUUCUACCCAACAUCUGGUAGCCUCUCAAGCUGAGGCUGCAAAGGCAACAGCAGAGGCUGCAAAACAACUGGCCGAGGCAAAUGUUUCUAGUCUGAGACAAGUUGACGCCUUGCAGCAGAGAGACAUUGGGAAACUAGCUGCAGAUACAGCAACAGCUGCUGCCACAGCUGCUGUAACAUCUGCUCUUGAGGCACAUAGGCAAUCACAGCUGGACCUAUAUAGACAGGUGAGAUUCAACACUGAUGGUAAAGAACAAGGGACCCAAUAUUCACAACACUCCCAGUAUUCUGGCCCUAGAUCCCACUCAGCACACUCAAACACAUAUGCCACAGAUAGUUUUGACAGUCUUUCACAAUCUAAAUCAAGCUACUCAAUAUCUAGGACACAAAAAUCUGAUAUUGGAUCUGUUAAGACAGAUACUGGAAGUAUAGCAACAGCAAGUUUUAGAACAGCAAGUGUUGGAACAGCAAGUGUCGGGACAGCAAGUGUUGGAACAGCAAGUGUUGGAACUGCUACAGAUAUGAAACCUGGUAAAACUGGAUAUUCAAGCAGUAUAAAGACUCUAACUGGAUUAGAUAUAUCUGCUAUAGACCCUACAGAAAGCAUACUGGAAGAUCUUCCAAGCGAUAAAGGUUCAGAUGCUGAUUACAGCAUGCAGUUUGAUGAAUCGAUGACGGAAGAUGAAAUCGAAGAGAGAUCAUUCCGUAUGGUGCUGCCCUCUGAAGGCCAUCGUAGACGUGCUAAGAAGGAGAAUCAGAAAAAAGAUCAGAGCAGUCUGUCUGACCAUGGAUCCAUGUCAUCUGAUGAUUUCCAUAUACCCAGUUCCAAAUGGAGCCUAGAUGAGCUGAGUUCACCAUUUACAGGAGAAGACUCCUUCAAUAGGUUCACCACACAGAUGGUCCAACAAUACAUGAGGGAAGAAGAGAUUAGAGCUAAACAUCAGGCCUCACUGUUGAAAUUGAGAGAAAAGGCAUUAAGGGAAAAGACAAAGGCAGAGAUGUCCUGGUUAGAACAACAAAAGAAACGUGUACGUGACAAAGGUGCUGAUGAUGCCUACCCACAGAUCAGGAAGAAACAGCGUGGCUUGUUGCUAAGGCUACAGCAGGAACAGGCUGAAAUCAAGCGAUUACAGGAAGCUAACAAGGCUGCCAGCAAGGAGCGUCAACUGCUCUUUAAACAAUCGCAAGAGAUCGCCAAAAUGAGACUCUCUGCCCAACAGGUUCGGGAGAAACUAAAGGGUGGAAAACAGCCAAUAGAGGCCGCCACUGAUGAUGGGAUGUCUGCUUUUGAACAGGAGCAUUUUGAUGAUGUCACAUCAAGGGAGGAUCUGUUCAGUCCUAUACUAGCCAGGCAGGACUCCAAAUCUGAUUCUGAGAUCUAUGGAGACUUAGGUAACAGUAAAAAGAAGUCCCCCUCAUCCAGAGCUGACAGAACAAAUUUACAGAAACUGAAAGGACUCAAACUAGAUGAAAGGUAUCUCACCAAGAAAGAACAGAAGCUUGCAGAGAGACGUAAGCAAGCAGAGCAGUUAAUAGAAUGGAAAAAGAGACUGGACAAAGAAGAGGACAGUAUAUACAAUUUGGAGAAGGAAGCGCUGAAAGUUUGGAAGAAGGAUGCUGAUAAAGAGAAAAAUGAGGAGAAAAAAACUGAACCUGUCUCAACAUCUAAAACUGAACGUCCGACUCCAAAAAUUGCAGCGAAGGUUGAGGAUAAAUCUCCAACUAAGGCUUCCUCUUAUAGUGUCCUUCCUGAUGGUUCCGAGAGCUCCAUCCAGGAAGAGUCAUCCUCCAGAGCUACAAAUGACACAAGAAAGGCCCCAAGAAGUAGUGGCAGUGAAAGCUCUAUUGCUGAAGAUAUUCUUACCCAAUCAAAAUCAGUGAAGACUCAUCAAAGAAGUGGAAGUGAAAGCUCUAUUGCGGAGGAUCUACCAUCAACAUCAGAGAAGUUUCCAAAGAGAGAGAGCAUCAGUGACAGUUCAGUUCCAGAGGAUAUCGCAUCCCAAUCACGCUCCAGUGGUCCUGACAGUAGAAAAUCUGACCGCAGCAGCAAGACUACUGAAUCAGUUAGCGAUGAAACAGGACAUGAAUAUUCCAAUGACUUUGACUCUUCAAACAGUAACACACAUACCAAAUCAACGCCUCCUUCAAAGGUGUCGUGUAGCAGCCUUCUCUCUAGGGACACAAACCUCUCCCCCAGGUCCCCCAAGGCAGCCAGGGCUCUCUUCCAGAAUAAGCGGAUAGAGUCAGGCAGCGAAUCAGAAGAUUCAUUUUCAUACACUCAGAGUGAAACAGCCUCUGACCAAAGUGACAUAGAAGGAAGAGUUAGGGCACUGAAUGAGGAACUGAAGCGUAGGAAAAUCGAAGCAGAAAAACUGAAGAGAGAUCAGAAAAAGAAGCACAAGGAAAGGCUGAAGCAACAGGAAGCAUCAUUGAAGAAACAAAUAGAGGCUUAUGACAGCUACAUCAAUCAAGUAACUGUAGAAAUACAGUCUGAAGUUGAUAUUGAACCAAAGAAAGCAGUUAAACCACAAAUCAAACAGCCACGAGUUGCAGAAUCCAAACGACUCCGAAAACAACAUGAGGUGACUUCAUUGAAACUUCCCGAUUCAAAAUCUCCCACAACCUUAUCCCAGAAACUGAAACCGAAAAAGCUUGAAAAGGCAGAUUUAGUUGAAAAGAAGGCUGAUACAUUCGACAAGCAACGAAGUGAGUCGGAAAGCAGUAAAUCAAGUUCUAGUUUUGAGGACAAAGAUGGAUCUGAGUCCAAUAGUACUACAUACAGUCCCACACAGCUCAUGUCUCCUACCCUAGAUGACACUGGCAGACAGAUUGUAUCACCAAUACGUGUUGAUAGUUCCACUGCAAAUAGACGUCCCUCGCUAGAGAGCAUACACGAGAGCCUGGAGCAGACCCUCCCCUCAUCCCCUCAGCUUCCAAUCUCUCCCUCCCCCAGGGACCUCAACAAUAAAUCCACAGAUUUCCCUUCCUAUUCUGAAUCCUUCCAAAGAAGCGAGAGUAUCAAAUCAGAUAAAUCUGACAAUAGCGUCUUUGAAAGACCAGACACUGAUAUGCCGCCACUUAGUGCUAAAUCAGAUAACGACAUCCCUGAGGAAAUUUCAUAUCAGCCUUCUGAUGUUCCAUCUGGUAUCACAGUCAGACCUAAAUCUAGACAGGAGACUGAUACAAGUAUUCAUAUUCCUGAUACAGCCAGAUCAUACACUGAAAUCCCAGAAGACAUCACUGCAAGGUCAGAGGUCAAGUCUUCAAGGUCAGAAUCUGAGAAAUCAGAACUUGAUAUUCAGGUUCCAGAUUCCCAAAGAUCUUAUACAGAAAUACUUGAAGAGUCUGAAGUUGUUACAGGCAGAACUGAAACGUCAAAACAAGAUCUUAAAAUACAAAUUCCUCAAUCUGCGAGAUCUACAACUGAUAUACCAGACAUCCCUGAGGAUAUAACAGCAAGGUCAGAGGUCAAAAGUUCAAGGUCCAACUUGGGAUCAGCCCGUUCAGAAGCAAAAUCUAUCAUAGAAGAUAUCUCAGAAUACUCUGAAUCUUUUGUUUCAGAGCAUUCUGUUCAUGAAGAAACAAAAGAAAAAUCACCAGAAAUCGUUGGUAAAUUAUCAGCCAGAUCUUUGACAGCGCAAUCAGAAAUCUCUGAACAUGUAGAAUCAGAAAUACAAAGCCAAAAAGAUGACACAAGCCAAAAGUCAGAUAUUUCCUAUAAAAGUGACAAAUCUUACAAGAGUGACAGAUCUUACAAGAGUGACAAAUCCUACAAAAGUGACAAAUCAGAUUACUCAUACACAAGUACCGAAUCUAAAACAAGAACAAGAAGUCUGAGUGAAAAAUCUGACAAAUACUCAGAUGAUUUCUCUGACUCCUCAUCAAGUAGUUUUAUAUCUGAGAAAAGUGCCAAACAUUCUGAAGCCAAGGACAUCAAACCAAGUGCUAAUGACACGAAGGAAUCGGAUGUGAGAGAUGAUAGAAGUGGGAGCCUGGUUGAGAGUAUAAUCAGUGAGGAGGAUAUCAGUGAACAGUUAUCUUUAGCAAGUGAUUUAAGUGAAAAAGCGCAACAGGGAUUAUUCUUUGAUACUACCCUGAAAGAUGACACCCUUAAAGCAGAUGAGACUCCAAAUCUUAAUGCCACACAGGAGGAUAUUAACAAAAGUCCUGAGCAAUCUCCACGCUGGUCUCAGAAGGAUGAACCAAGAAGUACCAGUACCCCUAUUGACCCCCUCAGUGAGUUUAACAUCGGAGACAGAGUGUUGUAUAAUGACACCCACCCUGGGACCUUAAUGUACAAAGGUACACUGAUAUCCUCUGCUGGAUAUUGGGCUGGUGUGUCAUUAGAUACAUCAGUAGGUGAUACAGAUGGUACCAUUAAAGGUAUAGAAUACUUCGAGUGUAACCAAGACUAUGGUACAUUUGCAACACCUGAUGAGAUCUGCAAACUACCAGGCGACUAUGUGAAACCAAAUGAUGGAAGCAUAUCUGAAUCUAUUGUAAGUGAAAUAUCAGUAUCUGAUCACACAGUCACUGAACAAGGAGAUAGUGAAAAAUCUCCUGAGCUUACCGACUUAAACAAAACAUAUGAACUUAAAGACGAAUCUGAAGUUAAGGUUGAGCAAGAGCAGAAUGAGCUUAUGAAAAAGGAUCAACUUGUUGAGACUAUCACCGAUAAGCUUACUGAAAUGAUCAUUAAAGACUCAUUUGAAACAAUAACAGAGAUAAUUGUUAAGCAAGAUACGAUGGUGCAAUCAGAGGCUAAAGAUAGUUAUUCUGAAGAGACAAGUGACGUAUCAUCAGUAAGAAAAGCAAAACAUCAUACACCAUUAUUGGAUCUUCUUACAAGAGAUCUCGAUACCUUGGAUCAAUCUAUCAGCUUUGAAGAAGGGCCUAGUUUGGAGCAAAUUGAUGACAUCAAAGAGAAAGAUGUUCCUGUUGGGGAUAAAAAGAAAGAAGGAAUGGAGAGGAGUGCUAACUCUGUUGUGAAUAACCUACUUGAUGAGGCCAUCAGUCAGAUGAUCAGCAUCAGAAAAAAGCAGCGUGAAAAACAGGCAACAAAACUAGAACAAGUUACACAACAGAAAACUCGAAUACCUCAAAGUACUGUACUGAAAGGCGAGAACUUCCCUUCUGUUUUAUCGCCACCUGUUUCACCAUCACGCCCCAAAGCUUUACCAUCCUCCCCGAUUACCCCUGGUUCGAUUUCUGGGUCAAGUCUAGAUGUCACUCCAACUUCUCCACUGUCCAGUGUAGGGAGUCCCCCUCAUACUCCUGUUACUCCCGAUGAACGUAUGCCUCCACCAAAGUACGACUCAAAGGAGUUAACAGAUGAUUUAUUCCGGGAAAGAGUCACUAUAGAGGGCAGUAAGGAUGAUACAGGGGCGCCAUCUAUUGCAAGGCCAGUCUCACCUAUAUUUGGAGAAUCUGCCUCUAUUACACAGGGAGAAUUUAAUGAUCUUGUUGACACUCUGGUGUUUGGAGAUGACCAGGAAGAAUGGUUUGAUGAUGACUUUGGACUUGGGAAACGUAAGAUCCCCAACAAGCCUCCCCCUCCCUACCCUGGCCCGCCUAGUGAUGAUAAAGGAGCCUCUGUGGCCAGGCAGGAGUUAAACAAGCUCAACUUACAAAAAUUAUCUGAAGAACUAUUUUAUGCUGUUCCUCAUAAGCAACCAGAAGUGAAAGAGUUAAUCUCAGAUGCUCUGGAUGUAUAUUGGACUCAAAGGAGAUAUGGCGAGUCUCUGAAAGGUGUUCAAGCUCCGCCAGAAUAUUUCACUAAAUCGGAAAAAGGUACUGAUAUGGAAGCGAACAGUAAACGAGUGUAUAAACAGCUGGUGUUCGAUUUGGUUGGAGAGUUAAUGGUCGAUAUUUAUCAGGACGAGGAUGAGGAGGAAGAGGAAUAUGCAGCAUGGAUGAAACCUAAGCCAAUCAGAAAACAAUAUUUCAAAGGGAGAACAACUCCCACAAUGCUCAGUGAAUUACGUCCUCUUGUGGAGAAUGAACUCUUACAAUCGCUAGGUUUAGUCGGAAAAACGAAAAAGAAACGCAUUGCCAAAUGGGCGGGUAAAAAGAAAAAAGAUCAUGUCGACAGGAUAUUAGUGCAAGAAUUACGAACUGAAGAGACUGAAUGGGUAAAUUAUGAUGCUGAUGAAUUAUCUGUAAAAAUGCAACUUUCUGAUGCGAUAUUUGACUCUUUGCUCAAAGAAACAGGUUCUGUUAUUAAAUCUAUUGCAGAAAGAAAAGCCAAAAGACAGGAGAGCUGACAGAAAAAUAUUCUGUAGGUUUUCUAAAUAGGAAUACUUUCAUCAUAUGACCUGAAAACUUAGUCAAUUUUAACUUUUGUUUAUUUUUAAAAUUAUUAAAUUAAUGACUAAGUAUAGUUAAGUGAAUUUUGUAAGGUCUCACUAGCUCUUGCAAUAUUUGAAAAUAGAGCGCUUCAGUGAUAAUCGAGUGAUUGUCAAUUAUUUGUGUUAAGAAACAAUGGUACACCAGUACUUAAUCUUGGUGCUAUGAAGCUUCACGAUCUCAUUGUUCAUUUGAUUAUAGUCUUAAUGCCCAGCCCAAAACAUUCAUCAUUUUUUAUACAUGAGUUUUAUUGGAACCGUGCAUUAAACUGUAUUAUAACUUAAUUUAUUAUAUACACAUUGUAACUUAGGCAUGACUAUUUGAAAAUAUUAAAUUAUUGAUAUUUCAUAUCGUUUAGAAAUAAAUACCCCAAUGUUCAUUCAUGUGCUAGUGUAGAUUUUAAGUGCCUGGGUAAAAGCAUGCAAAUGCUUUAAUGACUUGAAAUACAAUAUUUGAAUAUUAAGCCAAAAUUACUUAGAAAAAUAAAAUAUAGUUUGGAAUAAUGAUUUAAAAUCCCUUUCAGU